AUGUCUGCGAUCAUCUGGAGCUGGACAAGUGUGCAGCGUAUCAUCCGUGAGGCAAACAACGGCCUAUACUCAGAUAGCUACAAUGGUCAUGAUAGCCUCGCUGCACUGAAAGCCGCCGCAUACAGACAAUCGUGGAUGGUAACGGUUCCACUUGGUGUCAAUAUUGUGAUUGGAGAUGCUAUAGUGUGGUGGCGAGCAGCUGUCAUCUGGCAGAACAGGGUGGUUUACUGGGUCGGCCCAAUCCUUGUGACUAUGACUCUAGCGCUCGGCAUCAUUGGCAGCGUAACAGCAUCGCCUGCGACUCCUGACCAAAUCUUUUUCUGGUGGGGUACGGACGGAUUCACAAAUGCGGCGGUGAUAUUAUCUUGCGUUACGAAUACAACGGCAACCAUUCUGAUCGCAUGCAAAGCAUGGAUGCAUAGGCUAUCUCUCAAGAAAUACUUCCAUGCCAAGACGCGCGUGCUGAAGGCCCUUGCGCUCCUUGUGGAAUCUGGAACCAUUUACUGUGCCCUCCUAAUUCUGGUUUUGGUGUCCCUCAUGGACCCUGCAAGCCUGGCGAACACUCUUGAGUACCAUACUGUUGGGUACUAUUUUGUCUAUGGCGCCCUCACACCAAUGGUGGCCAUAUAUCCUACAAUCAUCAUCGUGCUUGUUGCCGUGAACCGAUCACCACUGGAGCGCGGUAUUCUCGUUGAUUAUCCAAGAGGUCUUCCACUAACCACUACGAGUACGAGUACCGUUGUGUUCGGUCGUGGCACUAUACUCCCCAGCCCACUGGUAGUUGCCGAGGAAGCACACGUCGUACUUGGACGGGCGAUCAGCCGUUCUGACAUCGAUGAUGGGGAGACUCUGAAGGGCAGAUCAUUCGAAUUCGAAAGAGGGGACAACAAACCGUUUCCUUCCGCCGACUCUGUUCUCGACAUACACUCGUAG